AGUUGAUGUCUACCGGCAAUAAUUAGAAGCCCAUGAUGGAUAGGAAUUGGAGCUGCAAAAUAAUUGAUUUUUUUUUUUUUGUCGACUUCAACUAUCCUUAUAUACAUCUCUCUAUUCGUAUAGAAAAAAACUAUACCAUGUUUAGUCAUUAAUGUGUAGUUUUUUUUAUCACUUUAGAACACAAAUGGACAUCAUCUCUGAACAAACGCCUAUUCUCCUCUUUUGCUUCAUCUUAUCAUGUUUUCUUAUCUUCAUCACCUCAAGAUCCCGACCAAAACUUCGUCAAGUAACGGCAGCACCUCGGGGGCCUCCACGGUUACCAUUCAUCGGAAACAUUCAUCUUGUCGGAAAGCACCCACAUCGCUCAUUCGCAGAUCUCUCAAAAAAAUAUGGACCAGUCAUGAGUCUUAAGCUUGGAUUUUUAAACUCAGUGGUCAUAGCUUCACGGGACGCUGCGAGAGAAGUACUAAGAACACAUGAUCAAAUCUUGUCUGGCCGGUACGUAAAUGCAGCGGUACAAUCCAACAACCAUCAUGACUUCUCCGUUGCCUGGGUACAUCCUACGUCUACUCGUUGGAGAAUGUUGAGGAAACUAUCCGUGACUCAAAUGUUUUCACCACAACGUAUCGAAGCCACCAAAGCUAUGAGGAUGAAGAGGGCGCAAGAGCUUGUCAACUUCGUAAGGGAAAGCAGUGAGAGAGAAGAAGCUGUUGAUAUUUCUCGAGCAUUAUUCGUCACAGCUCUCAAUAUCAUAUCAAACAUUUUGUUUUCAGUUAAUAUCGGUAGCUACAAUUCGAAAGAUUCCAGUGUGUUUCAAGAGUUGAUGACUGGUGUCAUGGAAGCUAUCGGAAACCCAGACCUUGCUAACUUCUUCCCAUUUAUGAGGUUUCUUGACUUGCAAGGUAAUAGUAAGAAGAUGAAGGACUGCUCGGAGAAGUUGUUUCAGGUUUUUCGAGAGAUUUACAAUGCUCGGAUUGUGGAAAAAUCAUCUCGGACAAACGAGAGAGAUGCUUCGAGCAACGACUUCAUGGAUGCACUUAUCGAUCUCCACCAAGGAGAUCAACCUGAAAUCAACACUAACGAGAUUGAACACCUACUUUUCGAUCUGUUUAUAGCGGGUACGGAUACAACCUCUAGUACAGUGGAAUGGGCAAUGGCAGAAUUACUUCGAUCCCCAAAAUCAAUGACAAAAGUUCAAGAUGAGAUAAAUGGUGUGAUGGGCCAAAACGGUGUCAUUCAAGAGUCUGAUAUUUCAGAAUUGUCGUAUUUACAAGCGGUCGUUAAAGAAACUUUCCGAUUACACCCGGCUGCUCCACUUCUCCUCCCACGGAAAGCGGAAACGGACGUGGAUAUUCUUGGUUUCCUUGUGCCUAAAAACACUCAGGUUCUUGUGAACGUGUGGGCCAUAGGAAGAGACCCAAAUGUAUGGGAAAACCCAAACAGGUUCGAGCCAGAGAGGUUUAUGGGUAAGGAAAUGGACGUGAAAGGUAAAGAUUAUGAGCUUACACCGUUUGGGGCCGGACGUAGAAUUUGUCCGGGAAUGCCUUUGGCUGUGAAAACAGUGCCUCUCAUGCUUGCUUCUCUUCUCUAUUCAUUUGACUGGAAGCUUCCAUACGGCGUCGGUUCAGAAGAUUUGGACAUGGACGAGACCUUUGGUCUCACAUUGCACAAGACCAACCCGUUACAUGCCGUGCCACUAAAAAAGCGAGAGCCAUAGAUUAAUAAUACUUUUUGUUUUGUUUGAAUGUAAUAAUAGUUUCACAACUAAACCAUAUGAAUAAUCAAUCACCUUAUGAUUCCAAUAAUGAUAAUAAUAAUUUAAAGACA